AUGGAGGAUCGCCGUGAGCUUCGCCGCAUGCCCCAAGGAGAAAGAUGUCCCGAAUGUGGGAGUCAACGGUGGUAUUUGGAAGAUGGCUUAAGAUUUUGUUCGAGAGGACAUCAAAUUGAGGGUUUUAUCCAAUUUCACGUUGGCGAUGAAGAAGAUGCUGGCAAAAUGGGCCCUGUGGUCCGGAGGGAAAAGGAAAGACGGGAAACAGAAAAGCGCCAACUUGCCGGACAGGAGGGACACUCCCUCUUCCUUGAGGCCAUUCAGCUGCUCCUACGAAAGCAAGUCUCGUUUUUAGUCCGUAUCAAAGGUCACGCAGAGGAAUUAGAAACGGUCGUUCGAGAUCUCUGGGAUCUACGCAUUCGCGGGUACAGUUCCAACACUAUGGAAUCCAAUGCGUCAGACACACAACUCGAAAUGUUCAGCUCCCAGCCUACUUCCACCGACGAGGAGAAGAAUUUGUCUUGGAAUUUGCGAACCAGAGCCCAGAGCUGGGAUCCUGAACGCGGGUCUGAUUGGCCAAUGCCCCGAUUACCCGAAACUAUUGCGACUUGCUAUCUUGGCUGUCUCUUAUUGAGAAUCCCUACAAGAUUGGGCGAUCUCUACACGUGGGUGUCGAAUGGAAACAUGCCUUAUUUGAGAGCUUUUCAAGAGCUGCCACACGAGAUGCAGGAUCGAAUGCCUUCUGCGUAUGCCAACGUGAUGAGGCUGGCUUCACGCUCAGGCUUAAGCGGGGAGGAACUGCACAGAACUGUUAUGGACAACGUUUUGUCGUACAAGUCGAAUUAUGAUAUGACGUUUCCAGAGUUAAACUAUAUUCCCAUGCUUAUCGAGUACACAAAAGAACUUUGUCUGCCUCCCGAAACAAUUGUAGUUGCAAGACGACUUGCAUCGUCUUUGGGCCUUGUGUUUUGCUUUCCAACAACGAAAUCAAGGAUUUAUGCUCUUGAUAAUCCCGAAGUUCAAAUUGUCUCAGUCUUAGCCGUAGCGGCGAAAAUGUGCUUUCCAUUUGAGAUCUCCAGACUUUCUCUCCUAGACCUCACAGGGUGCUUAUUGCCUUCUUUCAGCUGGGAAACCUGGAAGAGCAUAUUCCCAAGGGAAGGCUCAAACCUGGACCAAGGCGCACAGGAGCAAAAUGGGUUCGACAAUCUGACGCCUAACCAAAUCACGAGUAUGACGGAUGAGGAUUUUGAUGCCUACAUGACACAUUUAUCAGCGUCAAUUGAUCAUAGCAACAAUGAGGAUGCAGUUGCCCAAUUUUUUCCACCUGAAGCCCAGCAUGCGCCUCCCUCACCUAAAAUGGACGCAUCAGAAGGAGAUGUUGAAGAGAGAACCCGUCAUGUUCUUGCACAAUCUGUCAAGCAGCGUGAUGGAGGCAAGGAUGGUGCCAUUUCCGGCAAACAAGGCGAGAUGAUGUAUGAGGCAUUCCGCACAGUUGAAGACCUGUCACCUAUUUCCUAUGCAUUUUACAAAGCAGCAGGUGAUGUAUCUGGGCUGUCGAUUGACACCAUGACAAGGGCGACAUACAUGUUGGAGCACCGGAUCACUCGUUCGGCUCUACGAAACUUCACCAUCGUCAGCGUCACAAAAUCAGUCAAGAUGCAGAUUUUCGUGAAGACCCUGACGGGCAAGACCAUCACCCUUGAGGUCGAGUCCUCCGACACGAUCGACAAUGUCAAGUCCAAGAUCCAGGACAAGGAGGGUAUUCCCCCCGACCAGCAGCGACUGAUCUUCGCUGGCAAACAGCUCGAGGAUGGCCGAACUCUGUCCGACUACAACAUCCAGAAGGAGUCCACUCUGCACUUGGUCCUCCGUCUCCGUGGUGGUAUCAUUGAGCCCUCGUUGAAGGCUCUGGCCUCCAAGUUCAACUGCGACAAGAUGAUCUGCCGCAAGUGCUACGCCCGUCUCCCUCCCCGUGCCACCAACUGCCGCAAGCGAAAGUGCGGACACACCAACCAGCUCCGACCCAAGAAGAAGCUCAAGUAA